GGCGCGUAAUUACAUCCGAACCCUUCCUAUCAUGAAGAAGAAGAACUUCAAAGAGAUGUUCAAAGGAGCCAAUCCUGACGCGAUUGAUUUGUUGGAGAAAAUGCUGGAAUUGGACGCCGACAAGAGGCCGACCGCGGAGGUGGCGUUAGCGCACCCAUACUUAGCCCAAUAUUACGACCCCACCGACGAACCCAUCGCAGAUCGUUAUGACGAGUCCUUCGAAGAGAAAGACCUUUCGGUCAACGAAUGGAAGAGACUGGUGUACGACGAGAUGACCAGUUUCACGCCCUCCCCCACCGCCUAAUCAUCACAUCAUUAUUGUUAAAGUGACAAAUGAUUUACAAUAUUUGGUGCAAUCUUUACAAUAGAUUUAGGAUUUAAUUGAAAAGUAUUUACUGUUACAACAGUUAAACAUUUAUAGUUAAGUUGAAUUUGGCAUAUAUUUGGCCACAAAUUUGUUAUGAUUAUUCUUCAAUGUCUUCAAUGGCAGCGCUUUUGAAACACAAAUCGUGUAUUCAUUGCAUUCACAUUCAGAGCAAUUGUUUGAUUAUAUGGUAUACUAAUACCGUCUAAUAAUAUAAGAUACAGUAUCAAUGUAUUUAAAUAAAGUAUUAGUUUUAUUAAUUAAUGCAUUAAACACGC